GCAAAAUAGUUCUUCAUGCAAAAAAAAUAAUAUUUGAAUUGUAAUCUUCAGGGAUCAGAUGUGGUCACUGAGCAAUGUGACGAGCUGUGUUACUGAGCUCUUCCUACCGGAGAGUAAAACGGUUAGAGAUGGGCGCAGCAAAAAGUUCGUGCCAGGGCUUCCUGCACUAUGCGUUUGACUACGAGACCCCAAAAACGCUGGUGGUCCCCAGCAUCGCUGCAGGGGUGGUGUUCAGAUUCACCCAGCUCCUGAUCCUGCUUUAUCUGGUUGGGUACGUGUGCAUCGUUCAGAAGGCCUACCAGGAUACGGACUCCGUGGUCAGCACCGUCACCACCAAAGUGAAAGGCUACGCCGUCAUCAAGGGGUCUGCCAACACCUCCAGUCCUCAGUUCAGGGAUGUAGCUGAUUAUGUCAUUCCCCCACAGGGUGAUAAGUCAUUCUUUGUGGUGACUAAUAUGAUCGUCACAACCAAUCAAAAAGUGUCACACUGCCCUGAGAUUCCAAAGCCGUCCACCCUCUGUAAUCAGGACAGCCAAUGCACCACAGGACUGGAGGAUCUCAGAGGGAACGGUGUCCGGACAGGACGAUGUGUGAACUACUCGGACACCGUCCAGACCUGCCAGGUCUUGUCCUGGUGCCCUCUUGAGGAGGACACAGGACCAAAUAAGGAGGCCUUGAUAGACGCAGCAGAGAACUUCACGCUGCUGAUCAAGAACAGCGUGACCUACCCAAAGUUCAACUUUCACCGGAGGAACAUCAUGCCACACAUCAACUCAUCCUACCUGAAGACUUGUGUGUUCAACAGCAGCACGGAUCCCCACUGUCCCAUCUUCCGCCUCAAACAGAUCGUUUCAGACGCUGGGGAGGAAUUUCAAGUCAUGGCAGUGGAAGGGGGCGUGCUUGGCAUUCUGAUUGAUUGGACCUGUGACCUUGACUUGUGGGCCAGCCAGUGUCUUCCUAAAUACAGCUUCAGACGGUUGGAUGACAACAACAAGAGCCGUGUGCUAGCACCAGGAUACAACUUCAGGUUUGCAAAAUACUACAAAAGUCCAGAAGGCACGGAGUCCAGGACCUUGAUCAAGGCCUACGGAAUCCGCUUUGAAGUCAUCGUUUUCGGAACAGCAGGUAAAUUCAGCAUGCUACCAACAUUAGUGAAUCUGGGAUCCACUCUGACCUUCCUGAGUUUGGUGCCGACGGUUUCUGACUGGUUUCUACUGACAUUCACGAAGAAAAGAGAUUUUUACAGCAAACAUAAAACCACACACCUGAGAGAUGAGGACGAGGAGGAUGAAGAUGAGAACAAACAAUCAGUAAAAAAAAAAGUGUUUCUACUGUUCUUUAGAUUGGUUUGUUAUUUAAUAUUUAUUGUACCUGAUAGUUUCUUUUUUUGCAGAUGUCCAUGGGCACCAGCUAUGGAACUCAAUAGGAUUGACAGCAAAUGAGAAGCAUAUGCAAACUUUAGUCAUCCAAUAAUGCAUGAUUUAAUUGAAUAUGACUUUUGAUCAUCCUCUUCCAAUUAAACAUAUUGUAUCUUUAAUUCUGCAAGAAAAACCAUAAUGUAACUGUGUUACGUUAUCUAGGUUGUAACUUAACACACACACAUACCUGUGUGUGUGUGUGUGUGUGUGUGUGUGUGUGUGUGUGUGUGUGUGUUAACCAGCACAUUUGCCUAUCAAUACAAAACAUAAAAAUA